CCGAUGGGGUAAAAAAACAAAACACGGGCUAGCAAAAGAGCUGUAAUGAAACUGAACAGAAAAGCCCAACUACCGCCUAAAUUAACAUGUUUAGCACACAGAUGAGUCGGUGAAUUAUCAACAACAACACGGGGAACUAAUGUUUGCUAGUCAACCAGACUUUUUUACACCAUGAAUUUAAGAGGACUCUUUCAGGACUUCAAUCCCAGUAAGUUCCUGAUCUACUCGUGUCUACUGCUGUUCUCCGUGCUGCUCUCCCUGAGGCUGGAUGGAGUCAUCCAGUGGAGCUACUGGGCCGUGUUCACCCCCAUCUGGCUGUGGAAGCUGCUGGUUAUCAUCGGGGCCUCUGUGGGCACCGGGGUCUGGGCACACAACCCCCAGUACAGGGCUGAAGGGGAGACAUGUGUGGAGUUCAAAGCCAUGCUGAUCGCGGUGGGUCUGCACGUCCUGCUGCUGAUGUUCGAGGUGUUGGUGUGCGACCGCGUGGCCAGAGGAAACUACUUCUGGCUCCUCGUCUUCAUGCCGCUCUUCUUCGUUUCGCCCGUCUCCGUGGCAGCCUGCGUUUGGGGCUUCAGACACGACCGCUCCCUCGAGCUGGAAGUGUUGUGUUCUGUGAAUAUUCUGCAGUUCAUCUUCAUCGCUCUGAGGCUGGACGGGAUCAUCAGGUGGCCCUGGCUGGUGGUGUGUGUCCCGCUGUGGAUCCUGAUGUCCUUCCUCUGCCUCGUCGUCCUUUAUUACAUCAUCUGGUCCGUCCUCUUCCUCCGCUCCAUCGACAUCAUCGCCGAGCAACGCCGGACUCACAUCACCAUGGCGAUCAGCUGGAUGACCAUCGUCGUCCCUCUGCUCACCUUCGAGAUCCUUCUGGUGCACAAGCUGGACGACCACAACAGCCUGAGCUACGUGUGUGUGUUCGUGCCUCUGUGGCUCUCGCUGCUCACACUCAUGGCCACCACCUUUGGUCAGAAGGGAGGAAACCACUGGUGGUUCGGCAUCCGUAAGGACUUCUGCCACUUCCUGUUGGAGCUCCUCCCCUUCCUGCGUGAGUACGGCAACGUGUCCUACGAUCUGCAGCGCAGCGAGGACCCUGAGGCGGCCGAGGACCUGCCCGUCCCCGAGCCGCCGCCCAAAAUCGCCCCCAUGUUCCACAAAAAGACGGGCGUGGUGAUCACUCAGAGCCCCGGGAAGUACUUCGUCCCGCCGCCUAAACUCUGCAUCGACAUGCCCGACUAAACUCAUUUAAACGGAGACUUCUGGGACUCAUGGAGCUAGGACAUUUACCUGAAGAUGCUCCUUUACCUAAACUCUUUUCCAGAGCAACACAUCGGAGCCUAAAUGGGGAAAAUGUGGGAUCCAGAAUCUUCUUAUAUUUUGACUUUAAGACCACCCUGCUUAAAUCUGUGGAGGAUAUGGACCCUAAAGGAAGUCUUCAGAUUCUCUGGGAUUUAAACUUUUACUCAUGAGACACGACGGAUCGACGUGGAUUAGCUUGUUUGACUUUUUUAGUUAGCGAAUCGGAAGCAAAGACGGCGCUUGUCUUGCUUCAUGAUGGGGACCAUUGGAGAGCUUGAAUUGGGGGUCUCUUUUCACCAGAAAAAAGAGGGAAGUGGAGGUAAAAAAAUAUGUUUUUCAGGUCUGUUUUAGUUCAAUACUUCCACACACACGUAUACAAAUGAAGAAUUAUUCAUCUUUAAAUCAUUCUGUGUGAGUAUUGUCUUGAAACACACCUGAAAAAACCUCCUUUUUAGAAGAGAAUGAUAGAAAUGGCACUUUGUUAAUCAACAUGAGUCCUGUCUGAACCGACAUUUCUUUUGUAUUCCUGUUUAUUUUGUUGUUGUAAAUAACCAACGAUGUCACGUUAGGGACCAGAGUGGAGAUGGCAGGGUUGAAGACUAGAAAAAAAAUUGCGAACAAUCACCCCCCUUUUAUUCUUAUUCAACUUCUAAGAGUCAACAGAAUAAAUAAAUACCUUUUAAAAUAA